UUUGGGCUCUAAUGUUUGGACAUUCUCUACCAGCUCCGAAACAAUAAAUUCAAUGUCACUCGUCGUAGAGGGAGUCGACUCUCACGUUACCUUUGCACGUGAGCUGCUCUACAAAAAUGAAGAAUCAUCUUGUGGUGUAAUUAAGGAAGUUUACUCUAUUUCCUACGAGGAGUUUCGUAAAACAGAGGAAUAUCGUGCACUGAGCGAAGAAGAUAAAUUGCACCACGAAGACGUACGUGAAGAGAAUUACAGUCUCAUGGCGAUCGGAAGGGACCUUAAUUCGUCGAUGGAGCAAUGUAAAACAGAAUACGUAAAACACGCCAAGAAUUACCAGACGCUUUUUAAUAACGGGUGCAGAUUUAGGAUAAAAUCGAAGCAGUGAUGCGUGGCACUUUUAAGGUCGCAAAAAGAGCUCUAUACUGUGAAAUAAAAUCCACAAAAAAAGACGCAUACAAAGUUCUUGGAUACUGCACUAUAUGCCCGCUAUAAUAAUAAUGCUUCUAAACAAAUACUAAUAAACCACGAAGC